GAGAGAGAGAGAGAGAGAGAAAGAAAGAGAGAGAGAGAGAAAGAGAGAUCGCGCACACGCGUUUAGUGUGUGAUUCGUUUCCAGGCAGCAGCAGUAUAUGUAGGCCCCUACAUCGUUCGAUAGGCCUACUACUAGAACACACGUACACUCACACGCACACACACACCGUGUGUUUACCGUACAGCAUGACCGCCAUCAUGCGGCGGCAGCGGCGCAGCGGCGGCAGAGACGACCACGGAAACGAUAACGACGAUUAACGAGAGAGAUCUUCCGUCUGAGCGAGAGAGCGAGGAAAGGAGAGAGAGGGAGAGGAGAGAGAUGGUGUCGGCAAUGGCAGCCAACCUCGUGACGAUGGCGAUGUGUGUGUUGGCUGGCUUCGCGGCCCUGCCUCGCGCGGCGGAGGCGGGAAAUCCGGGUUUGAUUCGCAUACCAGUCGGAUUGAUCCUGAGUCCGCAGUCGGAGCAUAUGAACCUCAGCUUCCGCUAUGCGCUCAAGCUGGCCAACGUGAAGGAGGGUCGCCUCAUGUUCGAUCCCGUCGAUGAAUUCACGGACAUCGACAACAGCUUCGACCUGGAGCGCGCCAUCUGCUCGGAGCUGUCGAAGGGAAUCUUCGUGUUGAUUGGCGAUACGACGACGGCGUCGCUUCCGACGGCUCAAGCUUUCACGGACAUCUUCCACAUGCCCAUGCUCACGCCUAGCUUCCCUAUGCCACACAAUGUUGCUUCCGAGACUAACCACUACCAGGUGUACAUGCAUCCGGGUCACAUGAAGGCCGUCUACGACAUCAUCAAGUAUUACAAGUGGGACACGGUCUACUACCUGAUCGUGUCCGACGAAGGUUUGCCGAACCUGGAGCGGCUCUUCAUCCUGCUGGGACCGCAGAGCGCCAAGAGCACGUUCAACAUCAUCCCACGAUUCAUAUCGCAUGACAAUAGUACAGCGAAAAAGCAAUUAGAGAGUGUGGAUGGCGAAGAAGACAAGAUAACGCCGAGGCGUCUCAUAGUAGACUGCCAGACGUUAGAAGCCACGCAAAGGAUUAUGGAUCUGUUGGCCGAGAUCAAGAUGACGACGAAAUAUUACCACUACGUCAUAGCCUCGUUCGCGUCCGAACAGCUGAACAUGUCAACGUUUGGUCACGACGGUGCCAACGUGACGGGUCUGCGCAUACUGGAGAGGUCUGGACGAGCGCUGCGAGACUUCUACAAUGGCGGAGACUGGGGCGGCAUGGUGAGCCGCACUCUGGGAAUACCUGCCGCCAAACAGCGCACGUUGAUGUACGACGCUGCUCUGAUCUACGACAGCGUACGAGUCAUCAACAAAGCGUUCACGCGCAUGCUCACCGAAUACCCGAACGCGCUGAAGAGCAACUUCCGGCGCGGAGAGGUCUACAACAACGGCUCCCGCGGCAUCGGCGACUGCGACAUGAACGAGGUGGUGCCGUGGGAGCGCGGCGAGGUCAUACUGGAUUACAUCAAACAGGUGGUCAUACACGAUGGUCUAACGGGAACUAUAGCGUUCGAUGAGCGAGGGAGAAGGAUUAACUACACGAUACAUGUGUGGGAGUUUACGCUGAACAGAGAAAAGGCUUGGAUUGGCGAAUGGACCUCAAGGAUGGGUUUUCGCAAUCUAAGGCCGAACAUUUACAGGGACAAGGACAAUUACGUUUUUGAGAACAAAACGAAAUACAUCACCAGUAUUCUAGAGGAUCCGUAUCUGAUGUUGAAGAAGGACGACAACGGAAACGCGAUAGAGGGACUAGAAGGCAACGAGCGUUACCAGGGAUACUGUGCCGACCUGGCCGAGAUGAUAGCUAAUAAGGUUCAGUUCAAAUACGAAAUCCGGUUGGUGGCUGAUAAUCAAUACGGAACAGAGAUGGAAAAUGGAGAAUGGAACGCAUGGUCGCGAGAACUCAGAAACGGGGAGGUAGAUAUGGCGAUCGCUGGCAUGACGAUCACGGCCGCUAGGGAGAGUGUCGUCGACUUCUCCAAGCCGUUCAUGAGUCUCGGCAUCAGCAUCAUGAUCAUGGAGCCGGAGAAACCCAAGCCGGGAGUCUUCUCCUUCAUGAACCCGCUCUCCUACGAAAUCUGGAUGUGCAUCAUUUUCGCGAUGAUAGGUGUGAGCGUCGUACUGUUUCUCGUCUCGCGCUUCAGUCCGUACGAGUGGAGAGUCGAGUACACGGGCAACGGUCCCGAAAUAGUCAACGACUUCAACAUCUUCAACAGCCUCUGGUUCUCUCUCGGCGCCUUCAUGCAGCAGGGCUGCGAUAUUUCUCCCAGGUCGAUCUCGGGCCGGAUCGUCGGGUCGGUGUGGUGGUUCUUCACUCUCAUCAUGAUCUCCUCCUACACUGCUAACCUGGCCGCCUUCCUCACCGUGGAGCGCAUGACGGCGCCGAUAGAGAGCGCUGACGACCUAGCGAAGCAGAUGGAGAUACAGUACGGAACCUAUCAGGGAGGCUCUACGUUCCGCUUCUUCAAGAAAUCGACCCUUCCGACCUAUAAGCGGAUGUGGUCAUUCAUGAGCACGCAGAAACCGUCAGUGUUCACAGAGUCGACGAAAGCCGGCAUAGAACGAGUGAGAAAAUCCAAGGGGACGUACGCCUUCCUGCUGGAGUCAACGACUAAUGAGUACGAGAACAACCGCAAGCCGUGUACGACCAUCAAAGUCGGCAGCGACCUCGACUCUAAGGGCUACGGCGUCGCCACACCGCUGGGCUCCGAUCUCAGAGAAAAGAUAACAUUUGCCGUGCUGAAGCUGCGAGAGGAUGGGGAUCUACAGAAGCUGCGGACGAGGUGGUGGUAUGACAAUACCGAAUGUUUUGAUCGAGAGACUGCCAAGGAUUCGGCACAGUCCAACGAACUCACGCUAAACAACUUUGCCGGAAUCUUCUAUAUUCUGAUCGGCGGUCUCGUUUUCUCCAUCAUCACGGCCGUCAUCGAAUUCAUUUAUCGAUCCGUAUCGAAACAUCGUUCGAUCAAUGCCUUGUUUUUCCAGGACACGGUUCAGAGUAAUGAGUUGAAUAUGAUGAACGUUGCUGGAAUAUUCUACAUUCUCAUAGGCGGCCUCGUACUCUCAAUGUUGGCCGCAGUCGCCGAGUUUGUGUACAGAUCACGCGACGAAGCUAACGAAUCAAAGCAAAGCCUGAUGGCGACGAUGAAGCAGAAGAUGCAGAUGUCGCUGCGAGGCAACAUGGACGUGUCCGAGGCGGAGGAGACGACGGAGCAGGACACCAGAGGAGCCGCAAGCUCGUCCGUAAGUUCAUUCUGAAGUUCAUACGUCCGUAAGUUCCGUACAGUCCGUAAGUUCCGUACAGUCCGUAAGUUCCGCACAGUCCGUAAGUUCCGUACAGUCCGUAAGUUAAUACAGAAAUCGAAAGAAAUUCCCAUUUGCAC